AGUGCGAGACCGUGCAGGCACCUCCAUUUCAUGCUCCGACAACUACAUGCUGUAUGCCUGUGUAGCCCUGCCCCUUGUGCUGCGUGGGCAUGGACAGACGCUAGAACAGAGCCCUUUAGCAGACGCAUGCUUCUUGCAGCUGCAAACCAACGUGUCAGCUUCAGAAACCGUCGAAAUCGUUGGGCAUGCUUUUGACCUCAACAGCUCUGCCAACUUUGCCACCCCGGCAAGGGCCCAUCGGCUCGCAAAGCCACUGGAGCCCCACGCCCCGCGUUUCAUCGGCAGCUUUUUGAUUUUUGUGGCCUGCGCCUGUGCUGCGCUCUGGGCCGCGGAGAUAUGCGGGAUAAGUUGUGCCAGUUGCGCCUGCGCAGAGAGCGGGCGGCGGGCCGGGCAGUUUGCUUACCUGGCCACGUCCUUGUUGAUCAGCGUUUCGCACAGCCUUUUGCUGACUGUGUCUUUGCCGCUUUCAGCAGAGCUCGGCUUCUCCGCUGCUGCUUCCGGUGUGCUCUCCAGCUGCCCAUGCCUCGGCGGCCUCUUGGCCCAAUGUCUCGUGAUCUUCGCGCGAGCACUGUUGGCCCAGAGUUUUCGUGGAAUGCGCUUCGGCGUGGCCUUGGGGCUGUUCCUGCAAGCCAUGGCCUACGUGGGCUUUGUCCUGGCCCUGUGGCUGCCACAAGUCUCCAAUGUCUCCACCACACUCGUGUUUGCCUUGCUGGUCGGUUUCCGUUCCUUGGGGGGCUUCUUCGGCGCCUUGGCCAACUUGAGUGCCAGCUGGUUGGCCUUCGAAAUGACUCCGUCGCAGGAGCUCAUGGACCUUCAGACUGCGAACCAAGCGUGUUUCGGUUUGGGCCAUUGCCUGGGAGCCGUCACAUCCUCCCUGGCCCUCGUCUUUUUGUUCCACCUCUCUGGCAUGGAGCAGAGCUCCGAAAUCGAGGCCGGGGCGGCCCCUGCCAUGCUCUUCAUUGCGCUGAACGUGCUCCUCCUGGCCGUUGUGAUGCUCUUCGUGCCGCGCGAGCUUGAAGCCGGGCUUCAAGCGGAGUGCAAGAAGGCAGCUCCCGAGCCAAGCGAGACCCUGACCUUGAACGAGUCCGAUCAGCAAGUGGUUUUCCGCACCGGUGUGAUCUACAACAUCGAGCGCUCCUUCUCAGUAGGUGGGAUCGAAGUUGCAACCACAAUGAUCUCGGAAGUUGAGUUUGGCUUCUCACCUUUGACUACGGGCUGGAUAUUUGGGUUUAUCGCGCUUGCUUCUGCCGUGACGAACAUCAUGGUUGCCUUCAGCCCUGCGAAGAUUGACUCACGCAGCCACAUGAUGUUGUUCCAGGCGGGGGUGGGCGUGCUGAUGUCGCCGUUCAUCUUGGAUUGGUGGCCCUGGUGGUCCCUCUACGUGGCAGACGUGCUGAUCAUGACGCUGACCAACACGGCCAACGGCAUCGCCGAUGGCCUUGUCAUUAUGGGCGUGGGCCCGCAGGGCCAGGGUGUGUCCCGACAGUCCUACGUCAACCUGAAGAUGCUGAGCAUGGGGGCUGCGCGACUCCUCGCCGCCCCUUUCGUCCGUGGAACAGUCGACACGCUUGGCCGCAACGGAUACGGCGUGAUGCAGCUCCUGAUCACCUUGAUGGGCUUCUGCAGCAUUUGGAAGAUGCACGGCAUUGUUUCGCGGAAAUGCUGACAGAUCCGACAUCCCAUCUCGCUCUGCAAAAGCAGUGUGGGUUGGCUUUGAAGGGGGUGGUGGUCGGAUGGUGGCCUCAAGCCUUUGUCUCUUCCAGCACUCAAGUCCCCAACAUCAAGCCCGCAACCCUUCUGUGGAGCUGCUCCGCUCCGGAGCUGGGCAGAGACCCCAUCACCUG